AUGAAGACGUCAACUGUCGCCAUCGUAUUGGCGCCUACGGCUGCCUCAGCGCAGUGGUGGAGAGGUGCUCCGGGUUGCGCUCAAUCCUGCCUCUCCUCCGCCUGGUCCAGCCCCACCGCCACCGUAACCAGCGGCUGGCCCGCGCAGUCCGAGUACUGCGACUCCGACCGCGGCAACAGCAUCGGCUCGUGCAUCAGCAGCGCUUGUGCCGCGUCCACCUCCGCCACCGCCUUCGAGUCCUACUCCUCCCUCUCCAGCUCCCUCUGCUCCCGCUACGCCGAGUGCACCUCCGCCGGCAGCACCGGCGUCCGCACCGUGACCUACUCGGGCGGGCCCGUGACGUGGGCCGUCCCCGGCGGCUGGGGAGGAGGCGGGCAGAAGGCGGCGUUCGGCGGCGAGCCCUUUGGAACCAAGGGCAACGGGAACGGGCCCCCGAACGCGUCGGCCAUCUCGUCCGCGGCGGACUCGUACCGCGAGUACUGGAGCGAGUGGGCGUCGGCGUUCGAGUCGUCGCGCACGUGGACGGGGGGCGUGGCCACGGUGACGGGGUGCACGUUCGACGGGUCACCGUGGUUCGUGGGGCCCGGGUGCGGGUGGAACGGGCUCGGCGGGUUCAACGGGUGGGUCGGCUGGGGGUCCGGAUGGAGCUGGGGCCCCACGACCACCGAGACCGUGACGUUCACGACGACGGACUCGGCGGGCGUGACGACGACCGGCACGGGGCUCGCGGCCGUCGCGCUCGCCGUGAGCGGCACGCUGACCACGUCGACGACCCUGGGCACGCCGACGGUCACGGACGAGGCGGCUAGCGGGGCGGCGCCGGGGAGGAGGAUGGGGACGCCGGGACCGGAAGGGUCGAUUGUUACGGGGAUGAUGGGCGUCGCGCUCGGUGCGAUAUUGGUCGUUGCUGGGAUGUUGGAAUUACAGUACGACAGAAAGAAAAAUGAUUAA